AUAGAUUUACAUGUAAUUCUUUUGUAAAUCUAUUACGAAUCUUGUUCACUGUUUUCGAUUUGAGUUUAAAAUAUGGAGAGAAAGAAAGAAACAUGAUUCUAUUGCUAACAUACAUUAUCAUUCAGAAGGAAUCACGUAUUAUGAUGUAUGUCUCCAGUAGAGAAUAAAUUGUUAGUUGUAAGGGUAUAUAUUAUUACCAAGGUAAUGCAAUUUUUCCACGAUUGUAUUUUCCAACAAACAAACAAACAAAAAAAAAGAAGAUGAAGAGAAGAAGCAGCUAUUCUAAUAACAAUUGGCAAAAUAAUGACUACGUAAUAUUUUCGAAAAGAAAAAUUUUCAGAAUUGCGCUGUGUAUUAUAUCGUUAUUAAUUUUGAUCGUGCAAUCUUCUAUCACGGUUUUUUACAGGCUCAUAUAUUUUACAUAUUAAAUGUAAUCAUUAUAUUUGUGUGCGAUUCUAUAUAACGUUGAUAGUAAUAAUGGACGAGUCUCCUAUUGUGCGUUGUAUAAACGAUUAAUAGAAUCGCAUACAAUAUUAUAAUCAUAUAAUACAAUACAUUUCCUUUUGCAUUAGGUUCUAUUAUUUUUUGCUAUAGAAAAACACAACGUCAUGUCUCAUUUGAAAUUGAAAAAUAACAAGUGUUAUGGUUUCUAAAACGAUCGGAAAAAGAAGUUACUACAAAAAAAAAUUCUCUAUCGUUAUCCAUUGUAAUAACUUUGUGAUCGUUGUCCUUUGUAAACCGACAAAAGAGAAUAUUUGUUGGUAUUAUUAAUUAAUAUUCCCUUGUGCGUUUUAAAUUCUGCGUCUCUCACUUUAUAUACUACUUCUUUUGCGAAUUGUAUUUUUUUUCUCUUUUUUUUUUCUUUUUUUUUUUAUUUUCCUUUUCUACAAUUAUUUUUUAAAAAGAGUCAAAGUUAUAUCUGGAAAAAGUAAAUAACAAACAAGUAAAAUAAUAAUAAUAAAACAAAACAGACGACGAUUUUGUUAUGUGAAAAUUUAUUUUUUCAUAUACAUAAGGAGCUUCGUUGAAGUCUGAAAAAAAGAAAAAAAAAAAAGAAGGAAAGAGAAAAUAAUUGAUGAAAUUGUUUUCUAUUCGUUAAAAAUAGACUGAGAUGACUGCUUGAAGCUUAGCGUUUAAAUUUUUUUAAUUACAAUUAAUUAAUUACUACUACUACUAUUAUUAUUAUUGUUAAAUACAGAUGCUGUUCUCCAUUUAAAUUUAACUUUGACUCUUUCUAAACUAUGAUGAUAUUAUUGAUUUAUUGUAGAGUCGGGAUUAUCACGUAGCAUUGAUUAGCAAUGCUGAGUUUAUAAUGAUCCGAAGAAAGUGCGAGUUAAUUCAAAAAUGAAAUUAAAAAAUAAUCUAAGAAAAUCACACAACAAACAUUUACAUGACAAAUUAUGAUUCGUUUUCUUAUAUACAUAUAAUCAUUAAACUAUUGGCAUAAUUUUUUUGUUAACAAAGAUAGAGAAAAGAAAAAAAUUAAACAAUUAUACAGUGGAAAAGAUCUUUUAAUCAUUCUCAUCGAGAGACGACACUUUCUUCGGAUUGAAAAACUAGACGAAGAUAUCUUCUUGAAAUAUUUUUUUCAAGAAUAUCUUUCAAUUUUGAUCGCGAAUAAAAAUUUACGGUUGCUAACUUUUACAAUGUAAAAGUUUUUUGAGAGAGAGAGAGAGAGAGAGAGAGAGAGAGAAAGAGAGAGAGAGAGAGAGAGAGAGAGAGAGAGAAAUUGAAUGAAUGAACGAAUGUAAAAAGCUAAGAGAGAUGGAUUAACAUUACGGGUUAAGAGAAAAAAGUGUGGAUAAAAGCGUUAAAAAACAAAAAAGAAAAAAAACGAGAAAGAAAGAAUGAAAUUAAACGAAAUCCUUUAAUAACAUCUUUCUCUAAAUGGGAUUUUUGUAGAGAAUUGUUUUUCAAAAAUUUGUAAAAAAGCGAAGAAAUUCAUUGAACAACUUUUGGAUUUCGCGUUUUUCGUUUGAAAACAAUUCUGCUACUAUACGACGCUGUUCAAAACAGCGAUCUAUUAAAAAAACAAACAAACUAUGUGCGUUAGGGUUUUCUCUCGAAAAGGUUUUAGAUAGACGAAGUAUUAAAUAAAUAAAUUAAUUAAAAAGAAUGUAAGACUCUUAUGGAAUAUCGUGUGAGAGAGAAAGGCCGAGUCGAGUUUUAUUUUGUCCCUAAAAACGCACGUAGUUUUUAUUGACGAUGUUGAAAUUAUAAUUUCAGUAAUCGUCUUGAAAGAAAAAAAAAAAGAAAAUAAUAAAAAAAAGAAAAAAAAAAGAUAUUUACAAAUUUGAAAAAAAAAAUCGUAAAAAAAAUUGAAAAGGAGAAGUCGAUAUUAGAAUCGCGCAAACAUCUGAUUUUAUUAUUUUUGUUUUGUUUUUUUGUUAGUCAAUAACGAGAAAUUGGCGUGAAAAAACAAAACAAAAAAUUUCCGAAAUUUUAGUAACAAAUGUAAUUUUGUGAUUGUACGUUAUUGGAAAUUUUUUCAAGGUCACACAAGGUAGAAGAUGAAAAUUUGUUCAUAUGUUAAAACAAAAAAUUAUUAAUGAACCGUGUACGAAAAGAAAAAAUAGAAUUCUGAUAACGACGACUUGAAAAAAAAAAAAAUAACAAAAUCAACAAACAAACAAAUAUAAGAACAUCGAAUUUCGGCCGGUAAUGCAGAAGUCGUAUCGCGAAAUUAUUAUUUGUAAUUUUCAUAUAUACAUAUAUAAAUAAAAUAAAAUAAAAUAAAUAUCGUGGCUAUGUGUGCCUUAAAAAAUUCCGACGGAGCAAAAAAUAAUUUAAAGAAAUGGUCAUCCUAUCGAGAAAUUAAAAAAAUAAAAACGAACAAGAAAAAAUAAUUUCGCGUUGCGUUACUUGCUUACUCGUACAGAAAAAUAAAGAAGAAAAACUAAAUUGAAACAAACAAAAAUGGCCGAUUUGUAUAUUAUAAACAAAUAUACAACGUACAUACAUGCAACAUACAUACAUAUACACAUACAUACAUACGUAAACGUAUAACACGUUACACGUGCAUAAGCCCGCAGGAAAUGCUUCAUAUUUUUAAUUUUUCUUUUUUUUUUGGUUGAUUGUUAUUAUUUUAUACAUAAAACUUUUUCAUUAAAAAUAACAAUUCGGAAAUAUCAUUGAUAACUGGUAUGAAAAAUACAUUGAUAAUAAUAACAAUAAUAUGAUAAUCUUCCUGGCAACACGAAAAAAGAAAAAUAACGUUUAUUUCUUACAAUCAAACAAAUAAAUAAAUAAAAAUUGUAAAGGUGAGUUUUUAGAGCGUUAUUCGUACCCUUUGUUUAUAAACAAUAUGUAUUUGUGCAAGAAGGAAUAUGAUUUGAUUUUGAUUUAUGUUUGAAAAAGACGCCUAAAGCUCACCUAAUUAAUUAACCAAUCAUAAUGACGAUGAUGAUAAUAAUGAGAACAAACAAACAAAGAAGAAGGAAAAAAAAUAAACACAAGUAUUAUGUAACAAAUUUGUUUUCGAAAAAAGGAACUAGCAACACAGACAACUCGUUCCUUGAUAAUAAAAAAGAAAAACAUGAAAAGAAA